GCGCAGUGGGGAGAGGCGGGGGCCGGUGAGUCAGCGGCGGCGGCCCCGAGGUUCCCCGUGCACAUCCGGGUGCCGCCGCACCGCCCUCCCGGCUGCCGCCGCCGCCGCCCGGGGCCGGCGGGGUCCGCGCCGCAGCCGCCUCCGAUGCGAAUCGCCGCCCGGUCGCCGGCCGCUGGCGUGCGGCGGGGAGCGACCAGGCUCCGCCUGCGGUCGCCGCCAUGAUGCCGGCCCUGGCCGCCCAGCGGCGGGGUUGUCGCGGCCUCUACCGCCUGUACCUGCGGUGCCAGGCGGCGCCGCUCCCCCGCGCCUGCCACGGAUGGCAAGCUUCAAUGAAAAGUGGGAGUCUGCCUUAUAUUCUACCAUGCAAUCGUCUGCCUGUGCAGUUGAUGAGUCAAGUGAGAGUUUAUACCUCGAAUGGUCAGAAAAAAGGUCUUGGAUCAGAAGAUAGAAAUAGAUCAGCCACUGAAGAAACCCUUCAUAAAGUUGGAACAGGACAAGAUACAACCAAUGCAGGUCAAAAGCAGUCUUUCCAUAAAGAGCCAAUCCAAGUGAAAGUGAAAGCAGUCCUUAAAAAAAGAGAGUAUGGACCAAAAUACACACAGAAUAACUUCAUCACUGGAGUCAGAGCAAUAAAUGAGUUCUGUCUUAAAUCCAGUGAUUUAGACCAGCUGAGGAAAAUUAAACGACGAAGUCCUCAUGAUGACACUGAGACUUUCACUGUGUACCUGAGAUCGGAUGUAGAGGCAAAGUCCCUUGAAGUUUGGGGUAGUCCAGAGGCUCUUGCUAGAGAAAGAAAACGACGUAAAGAGGCAGAGAUCAAGUACAGAGAAAAUCUAUUUAGAAACCAAAGGCUGUUGAGGGAAUACAGGGAGUUCUUUGGAAAUACUAAGCCACGCUCCAGUGCAGCAGCUAUGUUUUUCAAGGGACCAGGGAAGGUGGUAAUGGUAGCUAUUUGCAUAAAUGGCUUGAAUUUUUUCUUUAAGCUACUUGCUUGGGUUUACACGGGUUCUGCAAGUAUGUUUUCAGAAGCCAUACAUUCUUUAGCAGACACAUGUAAUCAGGCAUUGCUAGCUUUGGGCAUCAGUCAGUCUGCAAGGACACCUGACCCUAGUCAUCCGUAUGGUUUCACAAACAUGCGCUAUAUUGCCUCCCUGAUUAGUGGGGUGGGCAUUUUCAUGAUGGGUGCAGGACUCUCUUGGUAUCAUGGGAUCAUAGGUUUACUCCACCCUCAUCCUAUAGAAUCUCUGCUCUGGGCGUACUGCAUUUUAGCAGGGUCAUUGGUAUCUGAAGGAGCUACCCUUCUUGUUGCUAUAAAUGAAAUCCGCAGGAGUGCUCGAGCCAAGGGUCUGUCAUUUUAUCAAUAUGUUGUGCAGAGUCGUGAUCCUAGUACAAAUGUAGUGUUACUGGAGGAUGCUGCAGCAGUUCUGAGUGUGGCCGUAGCUGCUACCUGUAUGGGUCUGACUUCUUUAACAGGAAACCCUUAUUAUGACAGCGUGGGGUCUCUAGGUGUUGGAACUUUGUUAGGAACUGUGUCAGCGUUUCUAAUCUACACUAACACUGAAGCCCUGCUGGGACGAUCUAUUCAGCCUGAACAACUGCAACGACUCACUGAGUUACUGGAAAGUGAUCCUGUAGUAAGAGCAAUUCAUGAUGUUAAAGCCACAGACAUGGGAAUGAGCAAAGUGAGAUUCAAGGCAGAAGUAGACUUUGAUGGACGGGUUGUUACUCGUUCUUACCUGGAAAAACAGGACAUUGAACAGCUGCUACAAGAAAUUCAACAAGUGAAAACUCUUGAAGAAUUAGAAGCCUUCAUGCUUAAACAUGGUGAGAAUAUCAUCGACACAUUGGGGGCUGAAGUAGACAGACUUGAGAAGGACCUAAAGCAACGAAAUCCUGAUGUCCGUCAUGUGGAUCUGGAGAUACUAUAGACUUUGUAGAAGAAAUCUUCAGGUUGCUACCGUUUUGGAAAGAAGUCACGUAAAGGGCUGGAAAGCUUCUGAAGUUGCAGUGACCUCAGCACCAUACCUCGCUUACUUUUGCUGUAGGCUGCCUGGACUGUUAGCACUGCUUCUGUUUCUGGAAGAGCGCUAGACUUGCAGACAAAAAUUUCCAUGGCAAAAUCAGUUUUAAAAAGCUACUUGACUUAAAGUCCACAGGAGUCUGUCAGAGUAUAUUUACUGCAUUUCAGAACUUAAGACUUGAGGUUUGCCUGAAAAUACACAACACACUUAGUUUUUCCAUUUGUGUCCCUUUGCGGUCAGUUUGCACUUCUUUAGUUUCUUUCAAGAUAUCAUUAAAGGUUCUUGGGAGAUAUUAAGAUUAGCUAGGAAGAGUUUGUUCCAGUGGAACCUGCCAACCUUAAACUAAUUGUAGUAUUUCAACUGCGUGAUUUUUCCAGUUUUUCUUUUCUAUGAGAUAAAUUCUUUCAAACAGGCGCUGGCCUUCUCUCAAGUACCGUGACCUGGAACCCUGCUUUUUGCCACUGUUGUGAUUACCAGCCACACUUCAGAAAAAUAAGGUUUUUUUCCUCAGUGGAGUCAGCUGUGUGUGAUUAGCCAGAGUAUGUUAAGUUACUGUGAAGAAAUUAGUGUGUAGAGAUUUCAGUGAACUUCCUCUGUUUCCCCCCUGCCCCCCCACCUUUGACACUUGUUCUCAUUUUUGUAAGUAUCUUCAGAUGUAAUCUGGGAGAUAUUUAUGGUAGUGCUUAUUAAAAGUUACCUGGCAUUUUUGGCUUUCUAUACUUUUCAUAGGCUGUAUUGGCAGAUAUGGUUUUUGCUAGAAGGUAUAAGAGGUGCAGUUGGAAGUUAAAAUAGUAAACAUGUAUUAGAACUAUUUAUAAUUAAAAAAUGGAUACAUUGUAUUUUUAAUUUAUUUACCACUAGAUGUUAUCUGUUAUCUGAAUUCUAAACAGCUUGCUUUGGGUUUUUUUACGAGUUGACCUUCCUUGUUCAGUAAAGAGAAGUAAUUUCUAUCAGUUGUCCUCAACAAUCCUGAGAUAAGUGCUUAGAGUUUGUAAUUUUGAAAUGUGCGGUUCUAGCACUGUAUAUAAUCAGCCUCAAGGCGUUCUGCAAUAGGCACCCAAGUUGUACCAGAUUCUUUGAGACCCAGUCUUUAUUAAUAAGGCUAUGAGUACUGAUUAUGCAAGUCAAAAUAUAAGCGAAAUAACUCCGUAUAAAUAACUCUGAGGAGAAUCCUUUAUGCACUUUAACAUAUUUCAGUAAAAUGAGAAUAGCUCAUGGGUGAGAGGUGGUAAUAAGACCCUUCUAGUGACUCAGUUGCUGAGUAAUGACUGACUUGCUGAAAGAAGAAACGCUGAUGUGAAACACAAGUCUUCAAAGAUCAAUGUAAGAUGAAAUUGUAAGCAUUGCAGCAAAUAAUAAUUGUAGAGACCAACAUGUCCAGAUUUAACUAAAAGCUUUUUAGAAUGCUUUUUUUCAUACUAAGUGUCACUUACCAGUGAAUUAUGAGAAUUUAUAAAAUAGCAUCCCUUUUGACAACUGCAGAGCACUUUGCAUGCUGGUCAUUUUGAGUAGAAAAACAUUCCAGAGUUCAGUUACAGGUGGGACUUCACAUACAGUAAUUGAGGGUACCCUUGUCAGUAAUCCCUGUUCACCGGUGGCUUCUUUAUAGCACAUUAGCUUAUUAUGGCUAAUCCAAAAGAAGGCUCACUUUAUCUGGUUUUUGCCCGUUGUAGAACUAGUUAGUAUGUUUAAGCCUGAUAAUUUGAAAUGCAAUUUGAAGGUAAUUUGGAACUGUAUCAAGUAAAUAAGGCAUAUCUUAGCCCAUUACCUUUCUCCUCGCCCUUCCAUGUAAACUUCAUCUCAUCUCAGCAUGCACUCUGCUGAUGUUAGUCUUACUCAUGAAGAGCACUGGAAUCUGAUGAUGCAUAACCUCUUUCCUUCUUCCUAGAAUAUUUAUAUGCAUUUUGAAUUUGAAUAAACACUUUAAUAAGCCUGUUAUUGCGGAAAUCUUAAAAAUCCAAAAAGAAGUAAAACUGGGAAAAUGUUCUUACUGGGGAGGUUAGUGGAGACAGCCAGUGUGAUCUCAGUGGUUUGUAUGCUGGAGUUACUGAUGAAUGAGUAGUUAGUAUGCACUUUGCAGGGCAGAAGUUUCACUGAGAGGUUAGUAAAUGUUAUCUCCAUACUGAAGCGUUCCUGUAUCUUGUUUAAGAGGAGGCAUGAGCUUAUAUUCCUACAGGGCAUCUGCUCCAAAAGCCAAUUAAAAUGUUUCUUAUGCAUUGAGAUGUAACUCGGAUGAAUUCUGAUCUUAAUUUCCUUAUCUCAGUCAGAAACACACCCAUCCACACACCUUUUGUUUGUAUUCCAAGAUAAAAUACAGUUCCUUUUCUCCCAGUUAUGUUAAUGAUUACAGCAUCACAAUAUGUCAAAUUUAAGAAGCCAGAACUUAAAUGGUUUGGGGUACAUAAGUUGCAUAGUUUGAGGGCCCAGUUCCAUUUUUGAAAAUGACCUGGAUGGUGAUACACCACAAAAAGGCAGGCAGACUGGUUUUGGCAGUACCUUCCUUCUAAGUUUACAUGUCUCGCAGUUGGAUGAAAAUAGCGACUCAUUGAGCCUGUCAGGUUGGAAAGGAAAAGUAAUUCCAAGCUGUUACAUUUUAAUAUAUAUUAUAAUUUGCAGAUUAAUGGUUUUGACACUUUUAAUGCCUUUUUUUCCUUAACUCUCUUUAUGGUCUAAAACUUGAGGUGAUAUGGGUCCAGUACUUAGUUUACUUUUGGUUUAGUGUUUUUGGGGAAAAUAUUUAGCUAAUACAUUUACAUGAUAGCAUCCUCAGAAUUAAAGAAAACUUGCAAAGUGUGGAGGAGUGGAUUUUUUUCUUUAUCACAAAUGCAGUUACAUAGUUUCUUUUAGAUUGAUUUUAAGGAAAAGCAGCAAGGAUUUAGCUAACAAUAAAGUUAUAUUCUAGGAAUUUUUGCAAUUAAGGUGUGGUCUCUUAAAAUAAUUUAUUUUUGCAGACUUGCCUAGCAGGUUCUAUUUUUUCAAAUUGUGUUCCAAGCACUGCUGCCCUCUGCUUUGUGAAAGAUUGCUUACAUGUUGCACAAUGUCUCAUAAUUCUGUAAAACUUGUGAUGUUUGAAAAAAUUGUCUUAGUGUUCCAAUAUAUUGAGUGACCUUAAUGUAUUUCAAGUCAAAGUUGGCUGGACACUAAUAAUACAUGUUUGCCUGUAGAAUUUGUUUUUCUAUAAAGGAUAAAAUGCUGAAGUGUCUCCUUUAUAUGCUGUGGAAUUUAGUAUCUGACGUGGUCCCCCUCUACCCCUCCAAUUUCUAGAGCAUUAGGCAUAUUGUAGUAGUAAAUACUUUAGGGGACUACUGUAUUACAGGGACUGGUUGCUGGGCGUUCUGGUCUAGAAGUAGUAGGGACUUAGGGUACAGGAGAACGUAUUUUUUCAAGGGCAAGGUGCGUCCUUUAUCCUCUGUGACUCACACUCAAGCUGAAGGUUUUGUAGCCUCUGCUUUUCUCCUUCCUUGAAUUCCCACACAGAUUUUAUUAUUUUUCUAAUAACUCUUACUUUUAGAGGAGGAAGCCAUUAUGAGCAUCUUAUGUUUUUAAUAGCCAAGCUAGAUGCUACUCUUGGUCUCUGGGUUUUGUACUGUACUUCUUGUUCACUGAUAGCUGACAACAGUGAUUGCUGUUUUGAAAGCCACAGAUUGUGUUAGCCGAAACUACCAGAGUUUUCGGAUUCUGGCAGGUGCAUUUUUUUCAGCUAUAUCCGGAGACUCAGGUUUUUAUUGAGAUUUUCACUGGCCCCCCUUUGAUAAGGGGGAGUACGGGGAAGAAUUUUAGAUGUGUUUUGUCUAGGUAAUACACUGAUUGCAAUUCUGUGUUCUUAUUUAUUAUAAUUUUUAGCUGACUUAUCUUUUUUCCAUAACAAAGGAAAAAUUAUGCAUUAUGGAAGUGUGUCUACUAAUGACAAGUGCAUCAGGUGCAGGCUUCCUGCAAAGAGUUUUUAGGCUUUUGUGUAUUGGAAGUGUGGCAAUUUUUGAAAAUUCUCAAUUAAGUAAUCCUUUUUCUAAAGUUGAUUUAGAUGUAUUUCUUACAAAAGAAUCCACAGAAGCAUAUUGUUUGAUUUGAAAGAAAAGUAUUUUGCGUUACGGUCAUAUGUUCCUAAGGCAUUUUGUCUUGGUAGAAUAGAACAAUUGAUUAAUAUUGAUUGCUUCUGUUCUUAUUGUUAGCUCUGAAUAGAGAGGACAACUAACAUCUCUUUUGCAGUUUACCUGCUUAAUGUAUAUGAGAAGUCAAGGUGUACCAAAAAGAUGUGUGGGUUUUUUUUGUAGAGGGGUUGCGUAGCUUAAAUAAGUAAUUUUUCCUUUCUUGUUGGUGAGACACAAAUAAUUAAGAUCAAAAGUAGCCUAUAUCUUUAUUACAUAUAAAAAGAAAUAGGAAUCCAGGAUUUAAAGCACAACAGUCCAAUUUUUGAAAUGCAUGCCCUUUGAGGAAAAUAAAAUGUGCCAGGAGCUCUAAGUGGUUGUAUGGACUAUAGAAACUGCAGUCAAUCAGGCUUUGCUGAAGCAGAAGAAAAGAAACUAAAACAAAGAGUGUAGUAAAAAGAAAAGAAUACAAGGAAGGAAAAAAAAACCCUAAGGUCUUGAGCACGUGGGAAUAGGAAAAGAUGAACACAAUCUAGAAAAUGUGGCCAGAAAUAAGAAAUGAUGAUUGGAGAGGAAAAGAACAAUAAGAAAUGAUACUUGAUCAGAAUGCAUAAAACUAUGUAGUAUGACAUUCUCUUUCUUUUAGCAAUAUUCAGAUAGGUGGGUGAUUCCUCCCUCCCACCCAGAGCAAAUACUCUUUUUUUUUUUCUGUAAUAAAAGCCAGUGUCUCUGUUUAACUGUUUCCUGAUAUGGUGUUCAGUCUUGCAGGUAUAAACCUAUUUGCCCUCUGAAAACUUAGUCUUUUUGCUGAGGGUGAUAGAGCUUUGGUGGUGAGGUAUGUAUUUGGUGAGUGGAGGGUGAGUAACUUUAAUUGUGGAAAUGGGAGCUGGAGUGAAUUAAAGAGAAAAUGAAUUUAUUCUUUCAGUCAGAAAAUGAUUGAAGCACCAUACUGAAGAUGUAGGGAAAAAAAAAAGGUGCAGUGUUCUAAGGUCUACAGAAUUCUUGCAGUGAACUGUAAUCUUUGGCGAAUAUGUUAGUCCGUAUUUUUCAAGUUGCUUAAAUGUCUGUGGAUGAGCAAGAUUUCUAGUUAAAUCAUCACAUUCUGAAAAGGAGUUAAAGAAAACAUUCAAAAUGUUAUGUGAAAAGGGUGUAUGCUUUUUAAAUACCACAGACAGAUACUAUAACAGAUUAUAGUAGGUAGACAGAAGAUUUUCAUUCUAUCGUAUAUUACAUGAGGCUCCUGAGGACAAUUUCUUUUUUCUGUGCAAAUCAAAGCCACCAGUUAAAAUAAACAGUCUUGGUUACUUUCUCGAAGCUUUACACUAACAGUAGGCCUGGUCAAAUUUUCGUAUUGUCAGCGUUCCUAGUGCUGUUACGGGGAGAAGGUGUCUGUUGAAAGUAGUGCAAUACAGUUCCACACUCGAGGGUAUGUUUGAUUUUUGUAAUCUAAAUUUAGCUGUCUUUAAAACUUUUGAGGUUGUGAUCAGCUGCUUCAAAGCUGAUGACAGAAGAAAAACAAAUAUGCAAUGUUGUAUAAAUGAUGUAAUAUAAAGGAUAUUUUUUUCUGUAAGUUGCUCCUCAAAUUAAAGAUGCUGAAGAACUAUGUGGGAAGAAGCAUUUGAAAAGUGCCUAAAGCAUUUGGAAAGCAUUUUGGCUGUUGCCAAAAUGGUAUUAAAUGUGACGGUUAACAGUGAGGAUUUUCACUGGUGGUAGAACUUUCAAGGGCAAUCUCAAAGCUGAAACAUGUUUUUCCAUGCAGCCUUUUAAUCAAAUGUAAUUCCCUUGCCCCCUCCCCUGCCAUGCUUUUUGGUGUAUUGGCUUUUUCGUUCUGUCUCUUCAUAUACUUCACAUUAGUAUGGGGAAGUCAUUUUGAUUUGCGAGGUGCAGACUUUUAAACAUUUCUCUGCAUAUAUUCUUUCUUUUGUAAUUAUACUUGAAUUCAGUACAUCCUGUAAAAUGUCUGGAAGCUGUAAUUAUUCAGUAAAAUGUUACAUAGCUGGUAAA